AGUGCCUCCUCUCACUUCCUCAUCAGGUGGUGAAACAGCUCUACUUCCUCAUUAGGUUGCUGUGUGUCGGUGAGACAGUCAUGAAGGACGGCGGCAGAGAGGACCCGGUUUCCCACCACGAGUUGUUUGAGGACUACGUGAACUUCUUCUCCCAGCAGUGUCCGGAGGUGGGGCCGUGCCGGGACCCUCCGCUGCUGAGGAGGGCGGCUCGGUACCUGCAGACAGGAGAACCGGCAGAGACGUUCCCCCUGCUUCCGGUGCACCGGGCCGUGCUGCAGGGCUGUGCUGCCCCGGGUUCUGACUGCAGGAAACACCUGUCUGCCGUCAGCAAGGCCGCCGAGCUGCUGGAGACCCUCUGCGUCAACCUGUUCCUGCAGCCCUGGAAGAAAGAGAUCAGGACUCUCAAGACUUAUACAGGUCCGUUCGUCUACCAUCUCCUGCCAGUGCUCAGCAGCUCCACCAUCCAGUCUGUCCUGGCCUCCAUCGGCUACCUGCCCCACACUGACACUGCUCUGAGUGAAUACAGACUGAGUGAGGAGGCGGACCCUCAGAGGGCCCAGCUGCUGGGCUUCCAGCUGCUGCUGGCCAGGGUGGAGUGUUCCAACCUGCUGGAGCUCCUGGAGAGGCUGGGACCACAGGAGUGGCUGGAUGUUCUCCAGAGGAAAGCAGGGCCGAACACCCUGGAAGAGAACACAGAAGAGAACACAACUAAUGGUCAAAAGGAAGAAGAGGAGGAGGAGAUAAAGAAGGAAGAGGAGGCAGAUAGGAGAGAGGAUCCUCAGAGUUUAGACAACCGGCUGGCGUUCAAGCCUCAGCCCAAGCCCCGCCGCAACCACCUCACCAGUGUGGAUCAGUCCAUCCUGGAGAUGCAGAAGUCCUACCCUGACCUGUCCUUCAAGGGCCGCCGCCUGGUGCCGCACAGGGCCGCCAGAGAGGACAGCAGAGGGAGAGAGGGUCCUCCGGGCAGCACCAACACUCACUGUGACGAGGCUGGAGCUGAUGGAGGCACCACAGCUGCUGCUCCCUCUGUCCACAGGACGGAGGAUGGCCUCACAGCUGAGGGAGUGAUGGGUGAAGAAAGCAGAGGCAGUGGCUGUUCUGACAGGAUCAGUGGAGGGAGCGCCCCCCUAGGAGAGCCCCUCAGCAGUAGUACCACUGAUGGAGGCAGAGGGGAAGAUGAGCUCUGUGGUCCUCUGGGUGUUUCCCUCCACAUCACUCUGAGAGCUGGAUCUAAAGGGGAGCAGAGCCUGAAGCCCGGAGACCCUCAGCCCACAGCAGAGCACUCUGCAGCAGAGCUUCAGAAUAAGACCGCCGCCCCCCCGAAGCUGUCCUCUCUGAGCUCCCUGGAAGAGGGUCAGAUGCUCAAAGAGCUCAGAGAGAGGAUGGACCAACUCAGUGUGCAGGAGACCAGUGAGGAAGGGAAGGGAAGACAUCACAAAAGAGAAGAGGACAACACGAAAAAGGAGAGGAGGAGGAAAGAGAGGAAGACCAGCGCAGAGGGGGGGGGCGAGGAGCAGACCCUCAGGACCCCUCUGAUGGAGCCGGGUCCAGCCCCCUGCCCCCCUGCCUCCUCUCAGCUCCAUCCUGCGGAGGAGAGGGAGCAGCAGCAGCCCGCUGGGUGUCGGCACCCCCCCGCUGAGCAGCAGGACAGCAGACUGCCAGGUCUGUGCAGGAGAGACGGGCCGGGGGGGGGAGGAGGAGCUGGCUCAGAGCUUUGUUAUCCUCUAGCACAGGGCCGGCAAACUCAGUUUAGUUCAGGGGCCACAACAGACAAAUCUGACCUCAAGUGGACCAGUAAAGUCCUAUCAUAAUAACCUAAAACCACAACUCCUUCCCUUUGUUUGAGUGCAAAAAAGUACAUUCCGAAAAUGUUUUUUAAUCCACUAUCUUUUUUCAAAACAUUAUGAACAACCUGACAUUUCUUAAGAUAAAUAAGUGCAAUUUCAACAAUUGAAUGCCUCAGUUUAUAAUUGACACAUGUGCAUUACAACUUACACAUCACAGUAACUAGUGUAGUAAUCCUGACCCUCUGAACUGACACACCACCUACAAACUGGGGACACGUUUUACCCCUGCCUUGUAAAUGUAUAAAUACAAAAUACCUAAAAGUUGAGAAAAUUGCUAAUCUUAUUUUCAAACUUUGCAAAGUCAACCCGCUGGCCGUAUGUCUGACACCCCUGCUCUAACUUCACAAGACAUCAAAUGCUCUUAAGGUUGAUUUACUUGAUGGAAAUGAUGAAUAACAAUACUCAGCAAUUCCAAUAUCGACCAAGAUUGACCUGUACAUAUUUCAAAUGGAAACUGAGAGCAUUUUCCACUUGAAAUGAUCUGGCUCAGAAGAAAGAAUGUUUUUUACCACCCUUCUUCUUUGCCUUUUGUUUGUUGUCUCCUGGCAAAAUGCACUCUAGUAAGCAGUGAUGAUGUAGUGUAAAUGUGUAGGGCUUUUAUUGUGAAAGGUAACAAUGGAAUGUGCGGCUGCAGGAGCCAUUAAGAGUGUGCCAUCUUUGUUCAGACUACAGACCUACAGUGUCUGAAAACGUAAGCAUUCUUUUUCGUACUUAAAUGCAGCCUCAUCUCCUGUGGGGACAGCGACCUGGUGGAAGGAUAGCAGAGUGAAAGAGAGGCUUAUAGCAAAGAUGGUGUCAAUAUCCUAUAGACAUUACAUUGUACAAAACUAUUUUCUUCCGAAUGAUAAGUUAGAUGCCUAUUGUCUCUUUAAAAGAAUGAGAUUGAAUAACAAAUGCAAAAACCCCAUUGAUGCAUACUCAGGUGGAACUCUGCUGUGACUCAGGAGAGUCUGCAGCUGCUCUGCAUGUAACAAGCAGCUUGUUGGACACAGGACACACGUGUUGAGUCUCUCCAGAUAAAUAUUCAGUGAAACCACAUAUAAAUAAAUAAAAAGAUAAAUAAAUCCUGUUUAUUGUGUACAAUAAUAUUGCAUUUAAUUAAUUGUUUCUGUCAGGAUUACAAAAGACCCCCAUCACCCCAGCCACAAACUGUUCUGUCUGCUGCCGUCUGGCAGGCGGUACCGCAGCACCCGGACUAAAACCACCAGACUCAGGGACAGUUUCAUCCCACAGGCCAGAAGACUAUUAAACACCUGAACUUUUGACAUCCAUAACAUUCAUCUGGCUGCAAUUUACAAAUUAUGUAUCUAAUAUAUCAUAUUCAAUCACUUGCAUAUAGACUGUUAUUGUGCUAUUCCACUAUUUUUUUUCUGUGUUAUUGUGUUGCACUGUUGGAGGAGCCUGUGACCUAAGAUUUUAAUGGACAUAACUACACUGUAUCUAUGUACGCAUGACUAAUAAAAGCCUUGAACC